GUGAUCAAUUUUAUUAUGAUGAUGGCGCCAUCUACUGUACAUAUCAAUAUAAUCACGUGUGGUCCGGCCAGGUGAUUGAUCAUGUAUGGAUCGAUUGUUUUUUGGCCAUCAUUACUGAACGAUAAAUUAAUAUGGAAGACAAGUGCCUUGUUGGGAAGAAAAUUCACCACUUUCAAUCAGAUGAUUGUCCAUAAUAAACGUUUGGCUCGCCGAUCGUUACUUGUAGAGGAUGGUACCGCCAAUUUACGACAUUUAUGGCUCAAAGAUGAUGAAAACCUGAAUGGGCAAUUGUUUGAUUCUAGAGCGGAAUCCAUAAUCAGGUGGCGAAUCGAUUCAAACGGUUCGAUCCAAGGUGGACCGCAUUCAAAACGGUUCUUUCUCGUACAAUUUUGUGAUGAUCAACACUAUGUCAAUGGUUGUCAAUAUUUGCAAUCCAAAUACGGUACGACCAUUCAUAAUAAUGUCUGCUUUCUCACCAAUGACCGACGAACCUGGCCAAAAGUGAGCAACGACAAAAUCAAAAUAUUCAUACAGCCAGAUAUUCUGUCCAACUGUUCGAUCGACCGAUAUCGCAUAUUCAGAGCCGAUAACAAUCACUUAAUCGGUCAGUUUGACGAUUAUCUCCUUAAACCGGCUACUAGUAUGCGUUAUAAGCAGUGGUUUGAACGACAAAAGAUCAAGCCUUCAGAUUCACGCAUCACACAUUUAAUCUCAAAAGUGAUGCAAGGUCAACAUUUGAUUCCUAUUUCUCAGCAUCGAAUUCGUUUCCUAAUCUGCCAACAAUUGGAACAGCUGUUUCAAUCGAAAUUAUCCAAACGAACGAGUAGUAAUCAAUUUCGAUUAAUACCAUUUGGAUCGGAUGUAUCCGGUUUUGGUAUGGAAGAUUCGGAUCUAGAUUUAUGUCUAGUAGAAGAUGGGGGCCAGCACAAAGUUCACACUCAUCGUUCGGUACGGAUCCUGCGAUCGUUAUCGUCCACAAUGGAAUCAACAAUCAAAAUAAAUAACCGUUUGCACGUCAAGCAUUUCAAACAAAUUCAACGCAUAUUUCGAGCGUUCGUGCCAAUCAUCAAAUGUCGUUCUCGUUUGAUGCCAUCAUUAAAUGUAGAUGUUUCGGUGGAUACAGAAUGUAAUAGUGGCGUUCAGAUGGCCGCCUAUCUCCAUUAUUGUUCGCACAGUUGUCCAUCGGUUCGUGGCUUAAUUCUGUUGCUCAAAUUCUGGGCCAAACAUCAUGGCAUUAUCCAUUCGAAUCCUGGUGAAUGGUUUUCCAGUUUUCAGCUCACCAUUCUGGUCAUUGCUUAUCUACAAAGCGAACGCAUCAUAUUGACCAUUAAUGAUUGGGAAAAUCAAAUAUACAGCAGCCAAACAGCAAUAGAAAAACGUGAUGCCGAUGUGAGCGAUCAAAUUCUACAGCAUGUGCAUGGAUUCUUUCAAUUCGUCAUUGAAUACAAUUUCUGGACUCAGGCUAUUGAUCUACGAACCGGCCAGAUAGAUUUGGCCAAGCCACUGACAUCGAAAACAAGUGCCUGUUAUGUAAUCAAUCCAUUCUUGACUCAUCUGAACAUUACCAAGACCGUAUCGGAUGCAGAACUAGAACGGUUUCUUUGUUUUUGUAAACAAUCUUUACAGUUGAUGCAAAGAAACGAUUUCCAAUGUAUCGAUCUAUUUACCGGUCGAAUCGAUGAUCGUUUGUAUGCGUAUACAAACAUAAAUGAGUAGUCAUUGAAUUUUGUAAAUAAAUUUUAUUCAAUCUCUCA